CCUCUCCGACCCUCCUUUCCAGAGCUGCCCCAUAACAAAAAGGAGUGCUACCUGAACUUUGACGACACCGUCUUCUGCGACAGCGUCCUGGCCACCAACAUCACGCGCCAGGAAUGCUGCUGCUCCCUUGGGGCCGGAUGGGGGGACCACUGCGAGAUCUACCCUUGCCCAGUACUCAACUCAAUUGAAUUCACCACACUCUGUCCGGACGGCAAAGGAUUCAUUUUGGACGACGCUAUCCUCAAUUACGGCAUCCCGGCCCACCGCGACAUCGACGAAUGCGCCCUGUUUGGGCCCGAGAUCUGCAAGGAAGGGAAAUGCGUCAACACCCAGCCUGGCUACGAAUGUUACUGCAAGCAAGGGUUCUACUACGAUCAAAACCUCUUGGAGUGUGUUGAUGUUGACGAGUGCCUGGACCUGUCGAACUGCAUGAAUGGAACAUGUGAUAAUACCCGGGGUAGCUUCCGAUGCAACUGCCCUGCCUCCACCAUCUAUGAUCCAGUUCGCAAAAAGUGUGUGGCAACUAGUGAAAUUGACGUGGACGAGUGCCAGGAUCCCAGGAUCUGCAAACUGGGGCGCUGCACCAACACCGUGGGGUCCUUCACUUGCGAAUGCCACCCUCCCUUGACCUUGGACCCCAGUGGCAAGGAGUGCCAGCUUCCGGAGAUGCAAGCGGGUACGGCUUUGUGGAGUUUGUGGGAUUUAUCAUUGUUGAGAUUAAUUUCACAAUUCAGCAGCAGAUCAGUUGCACAACUUCAGCGCUUUCCAGUAGCUUCUUCCUGCACAGUAUUUUCAGUCAACUGCUCCCACAAACUGCAGUCACUCUGGAACUCUUUUACAGAAACUUGAGCACAUGCCCGGCCA